AUGGUGCGACCUAAUACAUCGACAAAGUUUUGUGGAUGUAAUUUUAUGAUUAGGUUGGUUUUGGGGGACAAAUGGCAUGUGUCUAUUCCGAAUAGUGAUUAUGGUUUCCACAACCAUGCAUUCAUAGUAUAUGCGGAGGGUCACAGACGGACUAGUGGGCUCAAUGAUGAUGCUAGGCGGAUGGUUCGACAGAUGACUGAUGCCGAGACCGCACCCAGAAACAUUCAAGCUGCUGUAAAUGAGGCAUUCCCCCAUCUUCACCAAACGAUAAAGCAUAUAUACAACGAGAGGUAUUUUUACAAGAUGGAAGGGCGUGAAGAACGGACUUCAGCUGAAAAUUUUCUGUACCUUGCUCGUUCGAAAAACUAUGUGUAUUGGUCAUUACGGGAUGAUGAUGGAGUGAUCACUCAUGCAUUCAUGUCUCAUCCUGGUGGUACGAACGCAUUUCGUACCUAUCCAUGGGUAGUUGGCAUCGAUUCAACAUAUAAAACGAAUCGUUAUGGUAUGCCUUGCAUUGAGAUGAUAGGGGUGGCACCGACAAUAUGA